AUGACUUCCUUUCUUCAUUCUUUGUCCUUAAACUUAAUGUUUAUUUUCAUAUUCUUAAUCCUCCUAUUCCUAGAUUGGUAUUGUAAUGCUCGACUUCAAGACAUUAUUGCACAAAAUAAUAACAACAACAACCAAGGAGCCAACUACCUCCCUCCCCAGCAGCAAUACUCCGGUGGGCUAAGCAGGAAGAAUAUUAUUUCAUCCUGCAUUGUUUGUCAAUACAACAAGAGUCAUCAUGAAGAAGAAGAAGAUAGUAACAAUAAUGAUUGUGUGAUAUGCUUGGAAAAGUUUGAAGAAGGAGAGCUGUGUAGGGUUCUGAAUGGAUGCAAACAUGUCUACCAUCAAUUCUGCAUAGAUAAGUGGCUCUUCAACGACGUUCAUUGCCCAAUUUGUCGGUCGUCUGUUAGAGGUGAACGUACCGUUGAAGAUGAAGUGCUCGAUCAAAAUUUUAGUCAUGAAAAGAAAGAAGCUGGACAGAAGAAGAAUUCAAAGAAGAGAAAACAAGGAAAUAAAGCACGGGUUGCAUAA